AUGUCGUCCGCUCCGCCGCGUGUGCCCAUUCCCAAAAAUGGCGUCGACUACCGCAACAAGAUCGUCCUCGCCCCCAUGGUGCGCUCUGGCGAGCUGCCCUCGCGCCUGCUCGCCCUCCACUACGGCGCCGACCUGGUCUGGGGCCCCGAGACCAUUGACAAGGCCCUCAUCGGCACGAGGCGCGUCGAGAACCCCGCCACGAAGACGAUCGAAUACCGCCGCUUUUCCAACAAUGGCCAGAAGAACCACGUCCCAGACCCCAACCAGAGGGAAAGCGUGAUAUUCAGGAUAGACCCGGAGCGCGAGAAGGGCAAGCUGAUCUUCCAGCUUGGCACUCCAACCCCCGAGUCGGCCGUCCAGGCUGCUUCCUUGGUCGCCGCCGACGUCGCCGGUAUUGAUGUCAAUUCAGGCUGCCCGAAGCCGUUCAGCACGCACGGCGGAAUGGGUGCCGCCCUGCUGAAGGAUCCGGACAGGCUGUGCGCCAUCCUCGAAGCCUUGGUCAGCGAGGUUGGCCAGAAGUUUGAGAUUGGCAUCAGCGUGAAGAUUCGGAUAUUAGACAAGCCCGAGGACACCGAGGCUCUGGUGGGCAGGCUCGUCAAGACCGGCAUCAUUGGCUUGACGGUGCACUGCCGCACCACACCCAUGCGCCCGCGCGAGAGGGCCAUUCGCGACCAGGUAAAGAUGAUCCGCCAGAUCUGCCAUGAUGCCGGCGUCGCUUGUUUGAUCAACGGCGAUGUCGAGGAUUACGACCACGGUCUCCAGCUCAUGGAAGAGUUCGGCGUAGACGGUGCAAUGAUUGCAACGGCCGCCGAGAAAAACUCGAGCGUUUUCUGCCGCAAGGCUGACGGCGGGAAGAAGCCAUGGCAGGAGGUCGUCAAGCAAUACGUCAUCUUCACUCUUCACGUCGACAACCGCUGGGGAAACACCAAAUACCUCCUCAGCCAGCUGAUCCCUGGAAAAGACAAUGCGUACAAGAAAAUGAACCAGUGCCACUGCUAUGUGGAGUUGAUCGAAGCCCUCGGUUACGACGACCUCAUGCACAUGGCUCAGGCAACCGAUGACAGGCUCAAAAUCCCCAUUAGGACUACCAAGGCUGAGAAGCGCGCUCUUGCCAGAGAGGCCAAAAUGGACGAGGGCGAGGCCAAGAGGGCGAAGACAGUUGUGGCCGUUGAGAUCCCCGAUGCCCUCCUGACGUCUGCAGCCACUGUGUGA